GUAGUCAUUUAAACUUGUCCGUGGAAUAAUGUGACUGCGCUCUGUGGAUACUAUGGAUAUAAGUGUGUUUUCCACUUCAAAACUUCACCAUGAAGGAUAAAAGAAAAAGGGACAGGGAUAGUUAAUGUUUUUGUGGAGGUGUUUCGAUGAGGUUGAAUGGGAUUUGUUGGAGUUUUAAACCAUGGAAUUACCGAUGAAUUGGAUCUGGGUUUGUGUUCUAUUCAAUGUGCCCUUGCUGGGAUGUUUCGAGCUACACCUUUCGGAGACGUUACAAACUGGGACCGUUUUGGCAAAUUUGUCCCUGGGGCCCGGUUGGACUUACAACAUCGACAGGACCUUAACUCCUAAAUACAUUCAGAACUCUUUACAAGUGGAAUGGCAAGAAGGAGCUCUCCGUGUGUACCGAAAAGUGGAUUGUGUGCGCUUAUUGAGGAACCCAGUGCCUGUCUAUAUCAGGAUAGGGUCGUUGACGUCUGAGAAUUUUGUUUUGACACAUUUCAAUACAUUUGUACACGGACAGGACUGUUUUAUCAAAUACAAGAGAAAGAGCACAAUAGGUAAGCCCGACAUUCACAUCAAUUAUUUUUCCAAACUGGAAGCAACUUCCUGCUUAUCCGCGGGUAAUUUGCUUGUGAAUGUAACAGAACUUUUGCCUGCCUUUUCGCGAAAUACCACUUUUUCUGCCUCCUGUACUACUGUAAAAGAUUUGAGGGCAGUUUUUAAACAUGGCAAUAUAUUGCUGGACGACAACUACUGUUUGGGUGAAGGAGAGCUGAGCGAGGUACAUUUGUAUUGUACACUGCGAUCUCUGAGUGACCGGCGCGUCCGCAUCUCCGUGCGCGUGAGGUUGCGGUUGGUGACAGUGGUUGAGGGAGAGACCCAUGAGCAGUAUACACCAUCACCAUCACACCCCAUCCAGAUUGUGCCUGGCAAAUGGAACCACCGAAAACGGAGAAAUGUGAACACACCUCCCCAGUUUCAGCUCCCCAACUACCAGGUGUCUGUUCCCGAGAAUGAACCGUCAGGGACCCGUGUCAUCACACUGAAGGCCACUGAUCCGGAUGAUGGAGAGGCCGGUAGAAUAGAGUAUGGAAUGGAGGCCCUCUUUGACAGCAGAUCCAACGACUUUUUUGUAAUAAACCAACAGACAGGUGCUAUUACAACAGUGCAGCCUUUAGACAGGGAGGUCAAAGACACACACGUCUUCAAAGUAAUGGUAACAGACAACGGCUCCCCUCGGCGCUCAGCCACGUCUUACCUCACCGUGACGGUCAGCGACACCAACGACCACGGCCCGGUGUUCGAGCAGACUGAAUACCGGGUAACCAUACGGGAGAAUGUAGAGGUGGGCUUUGAGGUCAUGACCAUAAGAGCCACAGACGGGGACGCACCCUCCAACGCCAAUAUGGUCUAUAAAAUAGUCAACGGCGGGGGAGUGAACGCUGGUUUUGAGAUCGACCCACGCCACGGGCUAGUGAGGAUCAGAGAGCGGCCCGACAGAGAGACCAUGUCCCAGUACCAGCUGAUCGUGGAAGCCAACGACCAGGGGAAAGACCCUGAACCCCGGAGCGCCACGGCCACCGUCAACAUCUCUGUAGAGGACGAGAACGACAACUACCCCCAGUUCAGUGAGAAACGUUACGUGGUCCAAAUCCCUGAGAACGUGGCCGUCAACUCUAAAGUCACUCAAGUCGAGGCCACGGACAAAGACGAGGGAAACAACGCUAAGGUCCACUACAGCAUCAUCAGUGGCAACGUGAAGGGACAGUUCUACAUCCACUCUCCCACUGGGGUCAUCGAUGUCAUUAAUCCCUUGGAUUACGAGAUGAUUAGGGAGUAUAAUUUACGGAUUAAAGCUCAGGAUGGUGGCAGGCCUCCGUUUAUCAACGGGACUGGGAUGGUGGUGGUCCAGGUGGUUGACGUAAAUGAUAACGCUCCUAUGUUCGUCAGCACGCCGUUCCAAGCCACUGUGCUGGAGAAUGUGGCCAUUGGCUACUCGGUAAUCCACAUCCAGGCUAUAGAUGCUGAUUCUGGGAAUAAUGCACGUCUAGAGUACCGUCUCACUGACACCUCCCCUGGUUUCCCCUUCACCAUCAACAAUAGCACUGGGUGGAUCACAGUCGCCGCGGAGCUCGACAGGGAAACCACCGAGUUCUAUACCUUCGGCAUGGAAGCGAGGGAUUGUGGGAUACCUGCGAUGUCAUCCUCGGCCAGCGUGAGCAUCACGGUCCUAGAUGUGAACGACAACAUCCCGACCUUCACAGAGAAGGUGUAUUCUCUGAAGAUUAAUGAGGAUGCUGUGGUGGGGACCAGUGUGUUGACAGUGACAGCCAUCGACAGGGAUGUAAAUAGCGUCGUAACCUAUCAGAUCUCUAGCGGCAACACCAGGAACCGUUUCGCCAUCACCAGUCAGAGUGGAGGUGGGCUCAUCACCUUGGCGUUACCCUUAGACUACAAACAGGAGCGCCAGUAUGUCUUGACGGUGACUGCGUCAGACGGCACGCGUUAUGACAUGGCACAGGUGUUCAUCAACGUCACGGAUGCCAACACGCACCGUCCUGUGUUCCAGAGCUCCAACUACCAGGUGACGAUUAGCGAGGACCGGCCCAUUGGGUCCACCGUGGUCGUCAUCAGUGCCACCGACGAAGACACGGGUGAAAACGCUCGCAUCACGUACAUCAUGGAGGACAACGUCCCCCAGUUUAAGAUCGACCCCGACACGGGCGCCAUCACCACCCAGAUGGAGAUAGACUACGAGGACCAGGCAUCGUACACGUUAGCCAUCAUCGCCAGGGACAACGGCAUUCCUCAGAAGUCCGAUACGACCUAUGUGGAGAUAAUAAUCCUGGAUGCCAACGACAACACGCCUCAGUUCCUACGGGACAUGUAUCAGGGAACUGUAUUCGAGGACGCACCCAUUUACACCAGCGUGCUCCAGAUAUCUGCCUCCGACAGGGACUCCGGGUCCAACGGAAGGCUGAGCUACACCUUCCAGGGUGGAGAUGAUGGGGAGGGGGACUUCUUCAUCGAGCCCUACUCUGGCAUCAUCAGAACAGCCAGGAAGCUAGACAGAGAGAACGUGCCUGUGUAUACCCUGAAGGCCUUCGCUGUGGAUAAGGGGAUUCCUCCUCUCAAAGCAGCGGUGGACAUCCAGGUGUCUGUGCUGGAUAUCAACGACAAUGCGCCCGUGUUCGAGAAGGACGAACUGUUUAUCUACGUAGAGGAGAACAGUCCCGUCGGUUCCGUCUUGGCUCGGAUCAGCGCCACCGACCCAGAUGAGGGAACCAACGCUCAGAUCAUGUACCAGAUCGUGGAGGGGAACAUCCCUGAGGUCUUCAAAUUGGACAUCUUCAAAGGCGACCUCACCGCCCUCAUGGACCUCGACUACGAGUCUAGAACCGAGUUUGUCAUUGUGGUCCAGGCCACGUCCGCUCCGCUCGUCAGCCGUGCCACUGUCCACAUCCGUUUAGUCGACAUCAAUGACAACGACCCGGUUCUGCAAAACUUUGAGAUUAUCUUCAACAACUAUGUGACCAACAAGUCCAAUAGUUUCCCCUCAGGGAUCAUAGGGAAGGUGCCUGCCCAUGACCCGGACGUGUCGGAUAAACUCCACUACAGCUUUGAGUCAGGGAAUGAGCUGAACCUACUGGUGCUGAAUGCAGACACGGGGGAACUAAAGCUCAGCAGAGACCUGGAUAACAACAGACCUCUAGAGGCCCCCAUGACUGUCUCUGUCUCAGACGGAAUCCAUCAGGUCACAGCUCUGUGCACCCUGCGUGUCACCAUAAUCACAGACGACAUGUUGACCAACAGCAUCACGGUGCGCCUGGAGAACAUGUCUCAGGAGCGCUUCCUGUCCCCUCUGCUGUCCCUCUUCCUGGAGGGUGUGGCAGCUGUGCUCUCCACCAGCCGCCAGGCCGUCUUUGUGUUCAAUAUACAGAACGACACAGACGUGCGGGGCGCCAUCCUCAACGUGACCUUCUCGGCGCUGCAGCCAGGGGGUCCCCCAGGGAGGUACUUCCCCUCCGAGGAGCUGCAGGAGCAGAUCUACCUGAACCGCACCCUGCUCCGGCUAAUAUCAUCACAACAGGUGCUUCCUUUCGACGACAACAUCUGCCUGAGGGAGCCGUGUGAGAACUAUAUGAAGUGUGUGUCUGUGCUGAAGUUUGACAGCUCCCCGCCUUUCAUCUCCUCCGACACGGUGCUGUUCCGGCCCAUCCACCCCAUCAACGGUCUGCGCUGCCGCUGUCCUGCAGGCUUCACCGGGGACUACUGCGAGACGGAGAUAGACCUCUGCUACUCAGGACCCUGCAGGAACAAUGGGAAGUGUCGCAGCCGAGAGGGAGGCUAUACCUGCGAGUGUCAGGAAGACUUCACUGGCGAGCAGUGUGAGGUGAACGCCCGGUCGGGGCGGUGUGUCCCGGGGGUGUGUAAGAAUGGGGGGAAAUGUGUGGACCUGCUGGUGGGGGGGUUCAUGUGCCAGUGUCCCCCGGGAGAGUACGAGAAGCCUUACUGUGAGAUGACCACCAGGUCCUUCCCUGGUCGGUCCUUCAUCACCUUCAGAGGACUGCGACAGAGGUUCCACUUUACUGUCUCAUUCAUGUUUGCCACCAGAGAGAGGAAUGCCCUGCUGCUGUACAAUGGGAGAUUUAACGAGAAGCACGACUUUAUCGCCUUGGAGAUUAUCGAGGAACAGAUCCAACUCACCUUCUCUGCAGGAGAGUCAAAGACCGUGGUCCAUCCCUUUGUUCCCGGUGGGGUCAGUGACGGCCAGUGGCACUCUGUCCAGCUGCACUACUACAACAAGCCCAACAUUGGUCGACUGGGGAUCCCCCAUGGACCCUCAGGUGAGAAGGUGGCUGUGGUUGCUGUGGACGACUGUGACAUUGCCAUGGCAGUUCGUUUUGGCAACCAGAUCGGCAAUUACUCCUGUGCUGCCCAGGGAACCCAAACAGGACAGAAAAAAUCAUUGGACCUGACAGGACCGCUGCUGCUGGGUGGUGUUCCCAACCUGCCCGAGGACUUCCCUGUGAGGAACAGAGACUUUGUGGGCUGCAUGAGGAACCUGAGCAUCGACAGCAAACCCACCGACAUGGCCAGCUUCAUCGCUAACAACGGAACCACUGCAGGUUGUCCUGCCAAGAUCAAUUUCUGUACUAAGGAUUUGUGUCAGAACGGAGGAGUGUGUGUCAACAAGUGGAACACCUACAGCUGUGACUGUCCUCUGGGCUACGGGGGCAAGAACUGCGAACAAGUGAUGCCGUCCCCGCAGCACUUUGACGGCCAGGCCCUGGUGUCGUGGAGUGACCUCGACGUCACCAUCGCUGUGCCCUGGUACAUGGGCCUGAUGUUCCGGACGAGGCAAGGCACUGGCACACUGAUGCGGGCUAACGCUGGAGACUCUACUAUCAAUUUACUGAUAAGUGAUCAGUACGUAAGGUUUGAGGUGUUUCUGGGAUCUGAGCGGGUAGCGGUGCUGGGCUUCCCUCAAGUCCGGGUGAACGAUGGGGAGUGGCACCAUGUCCUUGUGGAGCUGAAGAGCGUCAAAGACGGCAAGGACAUCAAAUACAUGGCCCUGGUGUCACUGGACUACGCGCUGUACGAGAGGUCUGUGGAGAUAGGCAACGAGCUGCCAGGUCUGAGGCUGAGGGCACUGUAUCUGGGAGGAUUACCAGGAGAGGGGAACCACGUCCACGAUGGCUUCACCGGAUGCAUACAGGGUGCACGCAUGGGUGAGACAUCCACCAACGUGGUCAACGUGAACAUGCUGCAGGGCUUUAAGAUUCGUGUAGAGGACGGCUGUGACCUGGCUGACCCCUGUGACUCUAACAUCUGCCCUGAGAACAGCCACUGCAGCGACGACUGGAGCACACACACCUGCGUCUGUGACCCAGGGUACUUUGGGAGGGAGUGCGUUGACGCGUGUCACCUCAACCCCUGCGAGCACGUGUCCACCUGCGUCCGCAAGCCUAGCUCCUCCCAUGGCUACACCUGCGAGUGUGGACAGAACUACUACGGACAGUACUGCGAAAACAAGGUUGAGAAGCCGUGUCCUCGGGGCUGGUGGGGGAACCCCAUGUGUGGCCCUUGCAGCUGUGACAUCAGCAAAGGAUUCAACCCUGACUGUAACAAGACCAGUGGAGAGUGUCGGUGCAAGGAUAACUACUACCGGCCCAAGGAUGAGGACACCUGUUACCCCUGUGAGUGCUUCCCUCUAGGGGCCCACUCCCGUACUUGUGACACACACACCGGACAGUGCCCCUGUAAGGCCGGGGUCAUUGGGCAACAGUGUAACCGCUGUGACAACCCCUUCGCCGAGGUCACCGCCACCGGUUGUGAAGUGGUGUACGAGGGCUGUCCCAAGGCCUUCGAUCAAGGGAUCUGGUGGCCUAAGACCAAGUUUGGCCGUCCUGCAGCCAUGAACUGUCCCAAAGGAUCUAUCGGAACUGCGAUCCGCCACUGCAAUGAUGAAAAGGGCUGGCUGCCUCCUGAACUCUUCAACUGUACCACAGUCUCCUUCUCCCAGCUCAUGAAGAUGAAUGAGGAGAUGCAUCGUAACGAGUCCCGGAUGGAUGGCGAGCGCUCCAAAGCGAUCGUCCGCCUGCUCCACAACGCCACCAACCACACGGACAGUUACUACGGCAACGAUGUGAAGACAGCGUUUCAGCUGCUGACCAGGGUCCUCCAGUACGAGAGUCAGCAGACAGGCUUCGAUCUCACCGCCACGAGGGACGCAGAGUUCAACGAGAACCUGGUGAGAGCGGGCAGUGCCAUCCUAGACCCUGGCACCAGAGACCACUGGGAGCAGAUCCAGCGCUCUGAGGGGGGAACCGCCCACCUGCUGCGCCACUUUGAGGAUUACACCAACACCCUGGCACGGAACAUGAGGAAGACCUACCUCAUACCAUUCACCAUCGUCACUGACAAUAUGAUCAUUGUCGUUGAUUACCUGGACACGUCUGUCCCUGGGCAGGCCUCAUUCCCUCGCUUCCAUGAGAUCCAGGAGUACUACCCCAAAGACCUCACGUCCUCUGUCCAUUUCCCACAGUUCAACACUAUGCCCCAGGAGGUCCCCAACAAAGUAGUCGAACCCAGCCCCAGCGCCGAGCCCUCUAAGACCGACGCUCCUGAAGAGUAUCACACCCUAUCCAAUAAGAGACGCCGCCAUGUUGAGCCCGCCGCCCCCCUGCCUGUUGCCGUGGUGAUAGUGUUCAGGUCGUUGGGUCAGCUCCUCCCUGAGAGAUACGACCCGGACCGUAGGAGCCUCAGGCUGCCCAACCGUCCAGUGAUCAACACCCCCAUAGUGAGCACGUUGGUGUACAGUGAGGGUUCGCCACUCCCUACUCCCCUUGACCCCCCCAUCACACUGGAGUACACACUACUGGAGACAGAGGAGAGGACCAAACCUGUGUGUGUGUUCUGGAAUCACUCCAUCGCGAUUGGUGGUACGGGAGGCUGGUCGUCUAAGGGAUGUGAGCUGCUGAACAGGAACAACACACACAUCAGCUGUCAGUGUGACCACAUGAGCAGCUUCGCUGUGCUCAUGGACAUCUCCAAGAGAGAGCAUGGUGACGUGUUACCCCUAAAAAUUGUGACCUACACCACGGUGUCAGCCUCCCUGGUAGCCCUGCUCCUCACCUUCAUCCUGCUGGCUCUACUCAGGAAGCUACGCUCUAACCUCCACAGCAUCCACAGGAACCUGGUGGCCGCACUCUUCUUCUCCGAGCUUGUCUUCCUCAUUGGCAUCAACCAGACUGACAACCCGUUUGUGUGUACGGUGAUCGCCAUCCUGCUCCACUACUUCUACAUGUGUACGUUUGCCUGGAUGUUUGUGGAGGGCCUCCACAUCUACCGCAUGCUGACGGAGGUCCGGAACAUCAACCACGGUCACAUGAGGUUCUACUACGCCAUGGGCUGGGGCAUACCUGCAAUCAUCACAGGUCUGGCAGUGGGUCUUGACCCUCAGGGCUAUGGGAACCCAGACUUCUGCUGGCUCUCUGUCCACGACACCCUCAUCUGGAGCUUCGCAGGACCCAUCUCUGUAGUCGUCCUGGUCAACAUUGUCAUCUUUGUACUGGCAGCUAAGGCAUCCUGUGGACGCAGGCAGAGGUCCUUAGAGAAGUCUGGAGCCAUUCCUGCUCUGAGGACAGCCUUCCUCCUCCUAUUGCUCAUCAGCGCCACCUGGCUGUUGGGCCUCAUGGCAGUCAACAGUGAUGUCAUGACCUUCCACUACCUGUUCGCCAUCUUCAGUUGUCUGCAGGGCAUCUUCAUCUUCUUCUUCCAUGUGAUCUUUAAUAAAGAAGUGAGGAAGAAUCUGAAGAAUGUCUUUACCGGGAAGAAGGCUUUACCGGAUGAGUCCAGCACUACCAGAGCAUCUCUACUGACUCGGUCUCUGAACUGUAACAACACGUACACUGAGGACGGUCCUCUGUACAGGUCAGCCAUUGGAGAGUCCACUGUUUCUCUGGAGAGUGCCGUCAGGUCAGCCAAAAGCCACAGCAGCUUCCUCGCUUACACACUCAGGGGCGACUCUGGUCAGAAGCCCAGUGUGUCGUCGGCCACAGCGAAAGCAGGACACACUGACCUGGACGGAUCUCUGUUCGACAGGAACGGCACGAAAGGAGGAGACGACUCGGACUCGGAUAGUGAGUUGUCUGUAGAUGAGCACAGCUCGUCCUAUGCCUCGUCUCACUCUUCCGACAGCGAAGAUGAUGACAUGGACAUCAAGCCCAAGUGGAACAACGAGAGACAGCCUCUACACAGCACACCUAAAGGGACCAGCAUUGCAACCAAAGUGGAAGCAGUGUCCAAUCACGUGAAGCCUUACUGGCCCAAGGAGGCGACAACAGCCAGUGACAGCGAGGAUCCUGGGGGUGCAGAACGGCUGAGGGUGGAGACCAAGGUGAACGUGGAGCUGCACCAGGAAAACAAACUCAACCAUGUAGGAGAGAGAGGAGAGACACCGCAGGACAGGGAAACACCCACUAGGGAGAAUGGACCUCCCAGUCUACCCUCCAAUGGACCCUCCAAUGGACCUCCAAGCCUACCCAACAGCACCCAUCAACCGGAGCCGAAGAAGGGCAUCCUGAAGAACAAGAUCACGUACCCUCCUCCCUUGACCGACAAGAACAUGAAGAACCGACUGAGAGAGAAGCUGAGUGACUACAACCCUCCCACCAUCUCUUCCUCCAUCCCUCCACCCAUCAUUCCUCCGUUCAAGACCCCCUCCGUGGCCUCCAACGACGGGGUACACCCCGUAUCUGUGGGCAAGAGCAACAGUGUAGUCAUCAAGCCGCCGAUUGCCCCACGGCCACAAUUACCACAGAACGGGGGCGUGGCUAUGAGCAUGAAGGCGAUAACGACCAACGGAGGCAACGAAUCAGACUCAGACGGCAGUAAUGAAACUUCAAUCUGACCCUGCAGGAAAACCAAAGUCUCUCUGCCCUUAUGAGAGGAGAAAAGAUGAUCUCUCACUGAAGUGGAGGAGAGGAGGAGGAGGAGAAUAAAGGAACAAGAGGAGAAAGGACAAUGAAAGGAAAAGAGAGGAGAAAAGAAGAGAGCAAUGGCGAAACGAGAGGCGGGAAAGGGAUAGGUAUAAUUAAAAAGAGAGAAGGUAUCACACCCAUGUGCAACGGAGAGGUGACCUCUCGUCCUUCACCUCUCACCCUCUUAAUCUCGUAAGGAGAGCAGUAUUACUGCAGAGCCACGCCUGCCGGACUAAAGUAAAGGCAAGAAAAGGGAAUGUAUGUGUCAGACUAAACCAAGUAAAGGAUGGGCUCCUACUUACUGGACUAAUGGAACCUCUUGUGCCAAACCACAUUUUUGAAAUCCUUGAAGACUCCACCCCCCAGAAUGAGUGACUCACAUUGGUCGAUCAGAGACUCUUAAGAGCCUCAGGACUGAUACAGAUAUGGAUGUAUGACCACUGCGUGACGGUACAGUCAGAGGGAAUCCAGAGAAAUACUUCUAAGACUACAAAUCCUAUGGGAGAAACUCAGGAGAAACUCAAGAGACUUACCAAGUGCCCUGUUCCUCCAAGCGAAUCAUAGAAAGAGGAGCAUAGCCUUUCACCCAAUGCUUUUAGAGUGUAAUUAAUAUGUAGAUAUUUCAACAACAAAAAAUUAUAUAUUUUGUAUUUGAACUGUGUCAUCAUGGAUGAGACAAAACGACAUAUUUGUAAAUUGAAAAGAAAAUGCUUUUGUAAACACAACAAUAGUAGAAAUCCUUUCUCAUUGUGGAGAAAUCACACUCUGUUAUAGGACAUGUUCUUCUGUGGCUCAGACUAGCAAACCUGUGCCUUAUCAUUGUGCAAACCAUGCCCAUCACGCCCCCCCCCCCCAAAGAAAAUGUAACACAGGUCAGCAGCACACACCCAUUAUUCUGCUUACCAAAGUAGAUCAAGAACCACUGCAGUACAUAUACGGUAUGGAGUCUCUAAUGUCAAGCUAACCACUACACAAGUAAUGCCUAUCAUGUGAUCGGCACUGUACAAAAUGUCUUCUUUUUUUUGUAUGAUCAAAGACACUGGAAUCGUUUUGUAACACAUGUAUAUUUAUUUUUAUGGUUUCAAGACACUGGAAAAAUUGAUUGUAACUGUAAAAUUAAAGAUGACACGUUGAAUUUUU